GGACAUAGACCAGGAAGUGCAGCGUUUUAAGGCGUCAACAAAGGAAAGCGAAGCUGUGUGCCAUUCUGUCGUUGAGCAUUUACAAGAUACAAAGUAAUUGGCCUUCGUUGUGUUGUUCUCGUUUACAAAGACUAGGCUACUAGCAGCUCAAAGCAGUAGCUAGUUGUCUGCAACAAAUUCAAAUGAAGAAGCACUCCAGUCAACAAGAUGAAGAACAAACCUGGGAAAAAGCAACACAACAAAACCAAGCGGACUAAACACCAUCGAGACCCCAUCAAAACAGAGUGUGGAACACAGUCAGAUGAUGCUUAUUGCAAUAGAGAAGAACCAGACAUUAGCCAAUCACCCUACAUUACUAAAGGGGUUUGUAUCAGCUCCAUCCAAAUCAAAGAGGAACCAACAGACUUUGAACAGCAGGGAAUGGGAGAGGAACAAAACCGUUCUGUUCCUUCCUUCCAGAAGAAGCACAUCAAACAUCAAAAUACAUCCAGUCCUAUGACCGGGUGUAGCCAGAUAUCAAGGAGUCCUAUGGUGAUGCUAACAAGAUUGUCUAAUGUGGUGGUUAAGACUCUUCUGCGAGACACUAAAGUGUGUUUGGUGAAGGAGGAAAACCCAGCUGUGCCCGAUGGAGUCUCUUCUCCUCAGUUCUUUCCUUGCUCAUACUGCACCAUCUCCUUCACCAACCAUUCCUUCCUGGAGAAGCACAUCAAGUGGAACCACCAGAAGGAGUAUCUGGCCAUGUUGAGAAACAGUUUUUCAAAGAGCAGUGGAACAGAGACGGUCCCAACACACAGCUGCCUCCACUGUAGCCUCAUGUUCCAAACCCCACGGCUGCUUAGCAUCCACACCCGCCAGAUCCACCCUUCAGCCACUCCCCGGAAACCUGCUCGUCCCCACAGGGUUUCGGUGAAACUCUACACCUGCCCACAGUGUGCCCGCAGAUUCAGAUACCUGGGCAGUCUGCAAAACCACUGUGAGCUUUCACACAAAAUGGCUGUUGUCAGCACCAAUGGACACCUCAGUUGUGCCGAUUGUGGGAAGAGCUUCAAGAAUUGUUGGGGACUGGGACCUCACCUGUGUCACGAACCAGAGGGCACAGAACCUCAGGACAUUAAGCCUGUGGUCUGUCUUGAAGUCGGCUUCCAUUGCUCAGAGUGUGGCAAGAUCCUCUGUAGUCCUCAGAGCCUGAACAUUCACAUGCGAAUUCACACCGGCGAGAAGCCUUAUGCCUGCAAGGAGUGUGGCAAAAGAUUUGCUGAGAGCGGCAGUUUACGCAAACACCUGCUGAUACACUCUGGAGUCAAGGCAUUCAAAUGCCAGGAAUGCGGGAAGGAUUUUGCCCGUAUGAAGGGUCUCAGGAGUCACAUGACCACUCAUUCUGGCAAAAAGCAGUACUCCUGCUCCCACUGUGACCGGCAGUUUGGAUACAAGUCUAGUCUGACCAUUCACCUACGCUCUCACACAGGGGAGAAACCCUUUCACUGCACAGAGUGUGGUAAAGACUUCUCUAUCAAGAGAAACCUGAGGCUUCACCUAAAGAUCCACAACAAUGAGAAAGGCCACCAGUGUGGGGAGUGCGGCCUGAAGGUGAUAGACAUUGGGGCGUUGAAGACACACAUGCGCUCACACACCGGCGAGAGGCCUUACCACUGCACAGUGUGCAGCAAGCAGUUCAUUCGACUGGAACACCUGAAGAACCACCAACGCACUCACACAGGGGAUCUGGGAAAACACAUGAGGAUCCACAAUGGCUCACGGCCCUUUCCCUGCCAGGAGUGUGACAAGAGCUUCCGCUUGUCUCUCCAUUACCAGUCUUUCUUCUGUUCCAAGUCCCCACUCUACCGCAAGUCCCCACUUUACCCCUGUUCCAAGUCCCUGUUUUACCCCAAGUCCCCACUUUACCCCUGUUCCAAGUCCCCACUCUACCGCAAGUCCCCACUUUACCCCUGUUCCAAGUCCCCACUCUACCGCAAGUCCCCACUUUACACCUUUCUCAAGUCCCCAUUCUACUCCAAGUCCCCACUCUACCCCUGUUCCAAGUCCCCACUCAACCCCAAGUCCCCACUUUACCCCUGUUCCAAGUCCCCACUCAACCCCAAGUCCCCACUUUACCUCUGUUCCAAGUCCCCACUCUACCGCAAGUCCCCACUUUACCCCUUUCCCAAGUACCCAUUUUACUCCAAGUCCCCACUUUACCCCUGUUCCAAGUAUCCACUCUACUGCAUAUCCCCACUCUACCCCUGUUACAAAGUCCCCACUUUACCCCUGUUCCAAGUCCCCACUCAUCUGUCAGACCUGAUUUCGUGA